AUGGUUGAGCGGUUUGUGGAGCAGUUCCCUGCAAUCCAGGCAGCUUGCCUCGAUCAAAGGCUGAGGAAACCAAUGGAGAGGGACAGACUAGAGCGGCUCACUGACAGUGAUUUUGAGAAGGCAGAGGAAUUCAUGAAAUGCAUGAAAGUCCUGUACACCUCAACCCUCUGCGUGUCAAGUGACAAGUCCCUCACAUGCAGCCAAAUCAUCCCAAUCCUCACAAAGCUGGAGGCACGAUAUUUACCCACAGAUGAUGACAGUAUGUUUGUGGCUGCUAUAAAAGAGAAGGUCUGGGGAGAUCUCGAAAAAAGAUACCAGGAUAAAGAAAUUCAGAACUUCCUUCAGGAGGCCACAUUGAUGGACCCUCGCUUUAAAGGCAAGCUGGGAGUUGGUGUUACAGAAGCUUGGGAUAGGCUUGAGAAAGCAACGAUUGACAAUGUCACGGCAACUCAGCUUCCACUAGAGGACCAUCAUCAGAGUGAGGCAGAAGUAGGUGGUGAUGGUGAUGAUGAGGUGGAGGUGGAGCAAGAGGACACACAUCAAAGAGGAGCUCACAGGAUGUCAGCCUUGGAGCAGUUAUUUGCGGAUGAAGACCGGGAACUUCUCCACACAACUAUGAGCACAAGCAGUGCCCUCUCUAUCACGGAGCAGGUCAAGAAAGAGAUUGAGCUCUACAAAGGCAUGCCAGCAAUCACAUCUGGACAAGACCCUGUGGCUUGGUGGUGGGGUAAGAGGGAUACCCUCCCUAAUUUGUCUGCCUUGUCAGAGGUGUAUUUGUUCCUUCUGGCUGCUCUGAGAGCUGUUGCAUCGCUGUCUUUGAAUGCAGCAUCACAAAUUUUCAGCAAGGAGCGCACCUUUCUGGUCAUCCAGGGUUUCUGGUUUGGCCUGAUGUUGAUGGUCUUGGAGGUGGUCACACUGUCUAUGCAGCUCCGGAUGUAG